AUGAGUUCUUCGAAAAAUAAAAAAUAAAAAAUAAAAAAUAAAAAUGAAAUCAAUAUACUAUGAUUUCAUAAGCUAUGUGGGACAACGUCUACCUGAGCUCAAGUUACAGUGGGGUCCCCUGGGGACCCGCUUGGGCUGUGUGGAGGGACCAGACCAACUCCAAAAGACGAACAAAGCGCGAGAUGCGGCGCGUGAAGCGGCAAUCCACCCAUGGGCGCGCGAAGAUCCAACGGUCCAGAUUGAUUUGAUCUCCACAGAAUGAGCUCCACCAUCUCAUUCCCUUCCCUUCCAUUCAAAAGACGAAAGACUCAGCUCUCUGUUUCUCUCCUUCAAUCUUCUCAUUCCCUCCCACCAUUUGCUCUCUCCGCGAGGUAGAAGAUGGCAGACGCAGAGGAUAUUCAGCCGCUCGUUUGCGACAAUGGAACGGGAAUGGUGAAGGCUGGAUUUGCCGGUGAUGACGCCCCUCGGGCAGUCUUCCCCAGCAUCGUGGGGCGUCCACGCCACACGGGCGUCAUGGUCGGUAUGGGCCAGAAGGACGCUUAUGUCGGGGAUGAAGCCCAGUCUAAGAGAGGUAUACUGACCCUGAAGUACCCAAUUGAGCACGGGAUUGUGAGCAACUGGGAUGACAUGGAGAAGAUUUGGCACCACACUUUCUACAACGAGCUCCGUGUCGCACCUGAGGAACACCCGGUUCUCCUGACCGAGGCCCCACUUAACCCCAAGGCUAACCGUGAGAAGAUGACCCAGAUCAUGUUUGAGACGUUCAACACCCCUGCAAUGUACGUUGCCAUUCAGGCCGUGCUUUCCCUCUAUGCGAGUGGUCGAACAACGGGUAUCGUGUUGGAUUCGGGUGAUGGUGUGAGUCACACGGUCCCAAUCUAUGAAGGGUACGCCCUUCCUCAUGCAAUCCUCCGUCUUGACCUCGCGGGCCGUGACCUCACUGACCAUCUGAUGAAGAUCCUCACUGAGAGGGGUUACUCCUUCACCACCACAGCAGAGCGUGAAAUUGUGAGAGACAUGAAGGAGAAGCUCUCUUACAUUGCCCUUGACUAUGAGCAGGAGCUCGAGACUGCAAAGACUAGCUCUGCAGUCGAGAAGAGCUAUGAGCUGCCUGAUGGGCAGGUCAUUACCAUCGGGGCAGAACGGUUCCGCUGCCCUGAGGUCCUGUACCAGCCCUCAAUGAUUGGGAUGGAAGCUGCAGGGAUUCAUGAGACCACUUACAACUCCAUCAUGAAAUGUGAUGUCGAUAUCAGGAAGGAUCUUUAUGGAAACAUCGUGCUCAGUGGUGGUUCCACCAUGUUCCCAGGCAUUGCUGACAGAAUGAGCAAGGAAAUCUCUGCACUGGCACCGAGCAGUAUGAAGAUUAAGGUUGUGGCACCACCUGAGAGGAAGUACAGCGUCUGGAUCGGAGGCUCGAUCCUUGCCUCACUCAGUACUUUCCAGCAGAUGUGGAUUGCAAAGGCAGAGUACGACGAAUCAGGGCCAUCUAUCGUGCAUCGGAAGUGCUUCUAAUGAGUACAUUUUAAAUAAUGUUGUUGAGGGAAGAAACUACUGUGCCGGAAAGAUGUGCAUGAUUCAGCAGCUCUUUCUUUCUAGCUAGCUUCUGUAUCCUUCUAUGUUGUUCUCAUAUCGGAGUGAUCAUUCUUUUACGAGAAGGCGAGAAAUUGGUUCACUUUUUUCGAUUCCAAGUUCUAUUGAGAGAUUUUCUAUUGUUUAAACAUGAAUUAUAUAUAUGAAAUAUUGAUGUUAUUAUUGUAA